AUGGGCUCUCUGUACAGAUCUUUGAAUGAGACUGGCACUGUUUACAUCAAGAUCGACGAUGAUGUCGUCUUCUUGGCCAAGCAUGCGCUGGCGGAACUGGUGCGGGAGAAGCUGCGACGCCGUUGCCUUUUCGUGUCCGCCAAUGUCGUGAACCAUGCCAUCCUGUCUUCCGUUCAUCAAGAACGUGGGGCCCACCGUGCCUUUCAGCGGGAGCACCGAAGGUGGUUUCGAAGCUGGGCUCCCGGCUUGCCUGAAACUUCAGGAGUGGGCGAUGUGAACAUGGAUUCGUCUUAUAUCUUUGAGCGUCAUCCCAUGGGCUCCUGUGUCUUCAAACGCUGGGACUGCGCAGCGUUGGUGCACGAAAGCUUUCUGGACAGAGAGAGCGAUGGGACUCUAUGCGCUUUUGAUUUUGGCUGGUAUGACUUCCACAGGGCAGGCUUCCGAGAGCAUCAAUACAUCCAUGCCUCUCCGUGGAUUGGUGCAACUUGGCGCGCAGCUGGAGCAAGGUGGAGCAUCAAUUUGUUUGCCUUUGAGGCAUCGGAUUUACGCGACAUGGACUGGUCUCGUGUUCAUGGUCCUGGUGACGACGAGGAAGAGUUCAGUAGCAACCAUGCAGAACGGAGAGGGCAGCACGCGUGCGCCAUUGGGAGGAGUAUCGCAGUGCACUUCUCUUACAACGUGUGCCUUUGGCAUGAAGACUUUCAUUUCAAAUCCACUGAAGCUGAGUGUAAUGUAGGAGCUGCUUCGCACAGCAAGCCCUUUUGA